AUGCGCGGCUUGGCGUCUGUCCUCGGGCCCCCCCCAGAAGAGCGGAGGCCCCCGCGGUGGCAAGCCGGCUCUCUGUGCCCUGUGCGGCGGCUGCGGAGGCCACACCCAACCCAGCUGUACCAGCAUGUGCCGGACUCACGCUGGCCCAUCGUGUACUCACCGCGUUACAACAUAACCUUCCUGGGCCUGGAGAAGCUGCACCCCUUUGACGCAGGAAAAUGGGGCAAAGUGAUCAGCUUCCUGAAAGAAGAGAAGCUGCUGUCAGACAGCAUGCUGGUGGAGGCGCGGGAGGCCUCAGACGAGGACCUGCUGGUGGUGCACACGAGGCGCUAUCUCAACGAGCUGAAGUGGUCCUUUGCCGUCGCCACCAUCACAGAGAUCCCGCCGGUCAUCUUCCUGCCCAACUUCCUGGUGCAGAGGAAGGUGCUCAAGCCCCUGCGGACCCAGACGGGAGGAACCAUAAUGGCGGGGAAGCUGGCGGUGGACCGCGGCUGGGCCAUCAACGUAGGCGGCGGCUUCCACCACUGCUCCAGCGACCGGGGUGGAGGCUUCUGCGCCUACGCGGACAUCACACUUGCCAUCAAGUUCCUGUUUGACCGAGUGGAGGGCGUCUCCAAAGCCACCAUCGUGGACCUCGACGCUCAUCAGGGCAACGGGCACGAGCGCGACUUCAUGGGCGACAAGCGCGUGUACAUCAUGGACGUGUACAACCGCCACAUCUACCCUGGGGACCGCUUUGCCAAGCAGGCCAUCAGGCGGAAGGUAGAGCUGGACUGGGGCACGGAGGAUGAUGAAUACCUUCAGAAGGUGGAGAGGAACCUGGAGAAGGCGCUCCAGGAGCACCGGCCCGACGUGGUGGUGUACAACGCAGGCACGGACAUCCUCGAGGGGGACCGCCUCGGGGGGCUGGCCAUCAGUCCGCAGGGUGUUGUGAAGCGGGACGAGCUGGUGUUCCGGAUGGUCCGUGGCCGCCAGCUGCCCAUCCUCAUGGUGACCUCGGGCGGCUACCAGAAGCGCACGGCCCGCAUCAUCGCUGACUCCAUCCUUAACCUGUACAGCCUGGGGCUCAUCGGGCCCGAGUCUGCCAAUGUCUCAGCUCAGAACUCAGACUCGCCUCUGCUGCCCCCCGAGGUGCCCUGA